AUGCUAGUGAAUGCUGCUAUAGCAAAAGGGUAUCCAACAGCACUUCAUGUAGCAGCAGGAGCUGGCCGUUUUGACUUUGUGAAGGAGCUUGUGAACUUGAUGGACCAAAAUGACUUGGAUUUACAAGACUCUAGGGGAAACACUGCCUUCUGCUUUGCUGCAGCAGCAGGAAGCUUGGAUAUUGUUAAGUUAAUGUGGGAAAAGAACCCCUUCUUGCCAAAAAUUAGAGGUGGAAAUGGUUUCACCCCUCUUCUUUUUGCUGCACAGCAAGGAAGAGCUGACGUGGCAUGGUAUUUAUAUCCUCAGACUAUCGAAACCUUCGAUGAAGCAGAGUGGAAUAAGUUAUUCCUCACUUGCAUCGACACUGGUAUUUAUGGUAAGUUCAUAUUUGAUGCAUACUAA